AUGUCUUCCAGUAAACACCCAACCGCUAGCAACGACAACAGUGACAAAGAUCGCGCCAUCAUCAAGCCCAGCCAAGGCACCUGUGGAAUUUUACCCGACACUGAUAAAGACGUCGUCACUGUAGACGAAGAGCUCGCCGAGGAUCAAGAAAUGGAAGACAGUUACGUAUUCGUAGAAGCUGACUACCAUUCUUACAGCGAUGUCGCAUCUUCUGUCACCGAAGGCUCGAGAUCGGACUGUGAGCUCUCAGAGCGUGAAGAGGAGGGCGAUGUAGACUCCAAGAACGGAGCUCAUAAAACGGAAGCGCAGAACGGUGGUGUCAAGAAGGGGUGUGUCAAGAAAGCGACGGAGAAGAAGACUUCCGGUGUUGAAGGCAGUGGUGGCAAUGACAAUGGAGAAGAUCUGCCGCAUAUGGUGAAGUUGCUGAUGAGGAUAGACCAUAUUGUCACUAUUCCUACGCUCGAUCUACGGGAUUGA